AUGCCUCCCACGCCGCAAACAUCGCGCUACCUGCAGAUUACCCCGCACCAUGAUCACCAUCCCCCUCCUUGCCUCGCUCGAUUCGAGUCCCCAACAUCCACGAAGCUAACAAUAAUGUCGCAAAAGACCAGAUUAAUAUCUAACCUGCGCCUCCUCAUCCCUCGCCUCCGACUCCUCCAGAAGAAAGAAACCGCCUCCUCAGUCAUCCAGCGUCGCGAUCUUGCACAGCUUCUCAGCGAAGGUCGCGACUCAUCCGCGCGCAUUCGAGCUGAAAAUGUCAUUGCAACAGAUAUAGCGGUGGAGGUUAUGGAGAUGACGGAGCUAUACUGUGAACUUCUCCUAGCCCGUGCCAACGUGUUAGACCAGCUAGCGUUCGGAGAGAAAGGGACUCGCGCAAGGUUGCGCGCCAAGGAAGUGUACAAGAAGCACACCCAAGCACAAGCCGCCGCAGCCGGUGCCAGUGCUAAAGCAGAAGCUCCGGCGCCUCGUUUUGGUUUUUCGUGGUUGGGGGCUCAGAAGAAGGAGGCUGGUGCUGCCGCGGUGGAGCCCUCUCUUGACGAGCUCACCGAUGAAGAGAAGGCUUAUCUGGAUACGGCUUUGGAUGAAGCUGCCGUGUGUAUAUUUUAUGCUUGGCAUCGUUUCCCGCAUGAAGUGCGCGAACUCACUAUGCUCCGUACAAUGCUCGGUGAGCGAUAUGGAAAGGAGUUCAUGACAUUAGCGCAAGACAACAAGAUGGAUACCGUCAAGGUUCCAGAGCGUCUGCUCAAGCAAUUACGUGUGCGUCCACCGGGGCCGGAGCUGGUAGAUAGCUAUUUGCGGGAGAUUGCAAAGGCAUAUGGAGUUGUUUGGCCAGAUGGCGAGGAACAAGAAGACCUUGGUGACGCGCCGCUCGAGUUUGUGGAUGAUGGGAAAGGCGAGGGUGACGAUGAAUGGGAAGAUCUGCCAGAGACCCCGAGCAUCUCUAAAAGACGUGCGUCGGAUACCAGUGAAUUGAACAAAGCCACACCCCCGCGCCUCACUACAGGCCGUAGCCCUGUCAGUGUUGCUCCUCCGGCACCCCGAUUUGAUAAUCCACAUCCCCGGGUCAAGGUCCCAGGAACAGAGGAUAAGGAUACUGGAAAUUCUGUUAAGCCUACCAAGGCCAAGAAUAAUGGGAUUCCCGAGGUGGAUGAGCUCACACUACGUUUUGCAGGAUUAUCAAGGAAACCCUGA